CGUCAAGUCAAACUGGAUAUGAACCGGCUCAGGAUGACAGAGGACAGACGAAAUCAAGGUCACUCGAGAUAACAUUGAAUUAAGUCAUCCCCAGCAUCCUGCCUGGACGCUGUGCUUGCAUUUUGUGCCAUGUACGUUACCUUCGCUGUACUGUUAUGGCUCUUUCGGGUUGCGCCGGCCGCCUCCCAGGCGGGCUUGCUGACGGCGCUAGCUGAUUACGAAAAGGAGGUGCCGCCGUUGCCCUCCGAACAUCCCGACGGACGGCUAAUCGUCAAGAUUUCCAUCCAGUUCAUGAGAUUGCUGAAGGUCGACGAGAUUCAGGGAGAGAUACAGUUCUCCUGCUUCUACCGCGUGUGGUGGAACGACACCAGGCUGCGAAAGUUCAAGAGCCCGUUGCCAAUGGUGGUGCUGACGGAGCACGUCAGGAAGCUGCUCUGGAGGCCCGACAUCGUCACUGGGAACGUCCGGGCCGUGCAGCAAAGUGGCAUCCUCAAGCCGACCAUCUUCUACGCACUAUAUCCGUCCAGCUACACGCUGUUCUAUGCGUCCUACAUCGCGCUGCGCGUUGGAUGCCCAUUUGUGUACACCAGCUACCCGAUGGAUGUGCAGGUGUGCAAGAUCCAUGUGGGCACCAUGGGCCUCACCAUCGCUGAACUGGACCUGCAGUGGCACGAGAUCGGCUACUCCAUGUCACGACGCUUCCUCAAGUUCCACGACCUGUUUCGCUUGAAGGUGUGUGAGAGCAUGGACGAGCCGGUUCGCUACUCGGCCUUCGGACAACAUCCGCAAAAGACGUUACUCAUCGUCCUUAAGAGGAACUACAAAUCCGCUCUUAUUCAGGUGUACUUGCCCAGCAUGUUCUUCAUCUUGAUCGCCUGGCUCAGCGUGCUGGUGCCGCCCACCAUGCUGCGCACGCGGCUUCUGCUGAACAGCACCAACCUGCUCACCAUCAUCUCCAUGUUUCUAUCCAUAUCGAAGACUGAGGCCGCCCGCGUCCCCAAGGUCAGCUACAUCACAGCUCUGAACCUGUGGAUGUUCGUCUGCGUCACGUUCUGCUUCAGCUCCGUCCUCCUGGUUGUCCUGGAUAUUCGACUGGUUGUCCUCCUCACUAACCCAGGUCGAAAGCUCCAGACGAUCCGCGACCUGUUCCGACCAAUGAGCUUCAUUGCGCAUCACUCGUUCACUGACGACGACGGCGGCGGCGACGACGACGAUGAGUUUUGGGACGCGUCUGACACGUCAGCGGAGGACCUGGAGAUUACCGAGUCGAUCAUACAGGACUAUGUGGAGGAGGAGCGUCACGAGUGGCUGUCGCGCACGGCUGGCUUCGAGCGUGUCUACCUGAUUGGCUAUCCGCUGCUGUUCACCCUGUUCGCCGGCGCCUACUUCAUCUUCUUGCUGUGGAACCGGAGCUCGCAGAUGGCAUGGACGCUGACCCGCGCCGGCGGCCAGGGCGCGAUAAGUCCCGGCUGCUGGUGCCGUGAGGAUGACUUCGAGCCUGGCUGCGUCCCCGAAACAAACUUCAUCGUCCUAUAGUUGCGCACAGGGCUCAUUACACGUGUAUAGUGACACAGAUGUACACGGCUCAGGAUGCGUACCGUCAGCCACGCAUGACGUUUAAGCACGUGCUGUCCGUCCCAUGCCGUCCAAUGCGCGCAGCUAUUCUCCGUUCACCCGGUGUACCUUAUAACAUAGGCGUGGAUCGCGAUUCCGGAACUGUUGGAUGGACCAUGUGCAGUUGGCAACUGAGCAUGGUAUGCGACCUGCGAGUCAAGCUACUCUUUAGAGUGUGUAUCGUGUUUUAUGUGUGUAUCGUGAGCGAUGUAGCGCGUCAAGCCUGCAUGGACAUUUUGUUGUUUGCUCGCCAUUAAAGCUACCCAACGUUUGUUUUUGUCCUUUUAAAUGAUCGCACUGGCAGUGUUAGCACCGGGCGCCCAAGUGGCACUGAUGUCGCGUUCGUACAAAUCAAUUAACAGAACGGACAAGGAGUAGGUUUUUCAGAGGGGCAGGAAGUGACAAAAUGAGAGAGACACACCUGCACAUUUCAAAAGUCUGUUUUGGAAGAAGGUAUUUCGUGCGUGGUUAGAAGUUUCCACACCAUACAACCCAGAUAAGCAUCACUUCCGUCCGGAAAAUUAUGGUUUUCGGACCUAAGAUUACCGACACCAUA